CUCUUUUUUGGCUCCUCUGUCAAGAUAGUUAACUCCCAGCUCCUCUGCUGCUCCUGUCAGUCUUUUGUGUUUCGAGCACAGGGAGAGAGUAGAGUUGGAGACUCCGGCAAGCGGCAAGGACGGAGGGGAGGGGGUUGGGGUUUGUUCUUUUUUAUCGGGGGAGCGGGGAGACGAGAAGCGGUUAUAGAAAGCUCGAACCUGCAGCUGCUUAUAAACAAAACGUCCUCCUGAAAUCAAGAGAAAGGAGUCCUGACCCAGAGAGAAGAAAGGGAAAGAGAAAAGUCACUCGUUUGGUGUGCUGAUUUUCUUUUUUCAUGGAUUUGAUUACUGGGUUCGCUUUCUUUCCUCUGGAAGAUCGGAGGUGAAACUGUUACUGCCUUGCAAAGCAUGGGGAAAUCAGAAGAUGAAUUUUAAAGACGGAAGAACAAACAGAAUUAAGCACUGGAGACUCUACUUCCACGAACAGAUGCCUGAUGGUUUCCUACCCUCUCUCUUUCAUUAGGGGAGACAAAUCUGCUGUCAGCCAGCCAGAUUUCCAAUUUACCGAUAAUGAUUCUUGCAUGAAAAUUGAUCGAGGGGGCUUUCUAAUGCUGGUUUCUCUCUGCUUCCCUCCCUACCUCUCUCCUCUCUUCCUGGCUGGGUCGUUGUAGCCUACGGAGUUUCCUCUUUCCUCCCUUAUGUCUUUUCCCCUCCUCCCUUCUUUCUGAGUCUGUGGUGGGACGUAGAGAAAAGGUGAUAAGAACAUCUCCCCCCUCCCAUCCCCACCCCCCCAAAAAGGGAAGAGGCGUGGGAAGGCAGUUUUUCUCUCUUUCUCCUGUCUGGAACUGGUGUUUUUGCAGUACCUUUUUUUUUCCGAAAAGAAAUCUCCCACUGUACUUCUUGGCUGUUUGAGUAUUAAUUUUCUCAACCCCCCCCUUACCCCCCUCCCCGUAGCUAAGGGGAAACGAAAACAAAGCCGAUUUCUCCCUGGCAACAAGAGAUACCCCCCCCCCCCCCUCUUCUCCCUCCCUCUGUCUCCCUCGCUUUCCUUUUUCCUUCUGAUUCUGAACAUGAAGCCCUGUUGGAAACAAAUCCAUUGACCCUCGCCCUUGACAUUCAAAUGACUGAAUGGAGAAAAGAUUGCUACUCACACGUCUUGGGGGCUGCUUUUUUUUUUCAAAUGAGUAAUCCCUAAAGAAGAUCUUAAACCCCGGAACACCUCUCUCUCUCUCUCUCUCUCUGUCUCUUCCUCCCUCCCUCUCUCUCUCCCUCCCCAUCCCCCUCCCUUGUCGCGCUUUCUAAUUCCUUUCCAUCAUUUUUCUGCAUCCCCCCCUUUUUUUUAUUUGCAUCUCUGGUCCAAAAGGCAGAAAACGCACACACAAGGAAGCGUCAAGGCAGCUGUUUAAAGCCUCAAAGUGCUGUUGUUGUUAGUCAAUUACCUCAUUGUGGAUCUCCGAGUGACGAGGCAGUCGAAAUUAUCAAGACUUUUUUUUCUUUCGUAAAUUUCUUUGAUCGCGAUUACCGAUCGCUCUUCCUCCCUCCACCCUUUUUUGGUGACUGUUGUGUGGGUUGGUUGUUGUUUUUUUUUUUUUUUCCGCCCCCGCCUCUUCUCCUCCCCCUCUCCUCUUCACCCCGGUUUUCUGGUCGCUAUGGAACUGUAAUUUGAAUCAUGUUUGGAUUGAAGCCGCCUCUCUAUUACUUACCAGGCAUGAGCCAUGAACCCAAGUCCCCUUCACUAGGAAUGCUUUCAACAGCGACGCGGACCACCGCUACCGUCAGCCCCCUGACCCCUUCUCCUCUCAAUGGCUCCCUUGUACCCAAUGGCAGCUCUGCGGCCAACGGCACUCUGUCAGUCCAGGCAGCACCCUCCUCCAGCUUCGCCGCCGCGCUGCGCAAACUCGCCAAACAGGCGGAGGAACCGAGAGGGUCUUCAAUAAGCAGCGAGUCUUCCCCAGUUUCCUCGCCAGCCACCAACCACAGCUCCCCGGCCAGCACGCCCAAGCGAGGACCCAUGGGCCCCAUCAUCGUCCCCCCGGGGGGCCACAGCGUGCCCAGCACACCCCCUGUGGUCACCAUUGCCCCUACCAAAACGGUCAAUGGAGUCUGGAGGAGUGAAGGCCGCCAGCAAGAAGCGGGGUCGAGGGGCAGCAGUAGCAGAGACCGCCUGAUCGCAGAACCUCCGCUGCCCCAGGAGAAAACAGGGGGCCCGGCUGUCCCAUCCCACCUGCUCAGCUCGCCCUACUCUUUCGGCCUCCCUCCCAACUCUGUCGUGCAGGAUUCCCGCUUUCAACCGUUGAACAGCCUCCAGCGUCCAGUACACCACGUGGUGCCUCCCAGUGCGGUCACCGAAGACUACCUGCGUAGCUUCCGCCCCUACCACACGGCAGAGGACCUCCGCAUGUCGUCGUUGCCUCCCAUCAGCCUGGACCCGGCCACUGCUGCCGCUUACUACCACCCCAGCUAUCUGGCCCCGCACCCCUUCCCGCACCCGGCCUUCAGGAUGGAUGAUUCCUACUGCCUUUCUGCACUGAGGUCUCCCUUCUACCCGAUCCCAACCCCUGGAUCUCUGCCUCCUCUGCAUCCUUCAGCUAUGCACCUCCACCUCUCUGGGGUGCGGUACCCCACCGAGCUCUCUCACUCGUCUCUGUCGGCCUUGCAGUCAGAGCGGAUGUCAAGCCUGACAGCGGAGAGACUUCAGCUGGACGAGGAGCUGAGAAGGGAGCGGGAAAGGGAGAGAGAACGGGAGAAGGAACGAGAACGGGAAGCCGACCGGGAGCGGGAGAAGGAGCGGGAACGGGAGAGGGAGCGGGAGAAGGAGCUGGAGAGAGAACGGGAGAAGGAGAGGGAGCGGGAGAGAGAGCGGGAGCUGGAGAGGCAGCGGGAACGAGCUCGGGAGAAGGAGUUGAUGGUGAAGUCCAUGGAAACCCAGUUCCUGCCAGUUUCUGAGCUGCACAGCUUGAGGAGCCAUCCGGUGGAAGAGCGGGUCAAACCUUCAGAACAGCUGACUCCGAACAGAUCCGAGAAACUCAAGGAUGCCUCCUUGCAGACGCCUAAGCCGGUCCAGCACCCCCUGCACCCAUCGCCCGCCCCCCACCACUCGGUGCCCAGCCUCAUCUCCAACCACAGCAUCUUCCCGCUGCCCGGCAGCAGCGCGGCCACAGCCCUGCUGAUCCAGCGGACGAACGAGGAGGAGAAGUGGCUGGCCCGCCAGCGGCGGCUGCGGCAGGAGAAAGAGGACCGGCAGUCCCAGGUGUCGGAAUUCCGACAGCAGGUGCUGGAGCAGCACCUGGACAUCGGCCGCCCCGCACCCCAGGCGGAGGCCGAGCAUCGGCCUGAGAACCCCAGGCCCGGACCAAACCGCCACGAGCCAAGCGGGCGGGAGCCGGUGCAACACUUGGGCGGGCCCCCGCCACUCAUCUCCCCCAAGCCUCCGCACCACCCUGUGCCCACCGCGCUCUGGAACCCUGUGUCCUUGAUGGAGAGCCCGCUGGAGCCCCGGAGAAGCCAGGAGAAUCACUCUCUCCACCCCCACCCUGCCGCCUACGAGCCCAGCCGGCAAGCGGUCCCUCUGGUCAAAGUGGAACGGGUCUUCUGUGCCGAGAAGCCAGACGAGGGGCCCCGGAAGAGGGAGGCGCUGGAGAAGUACCAGCCCAUCAGAGAGCCGGUGGCAUUGGAACACGGCGGGUACGCCCACGGGCCCUUCUUGGCGGAGCUGGAAAAGUCCACCCAGUCCAUCCUCAGCCAGCAGAGGGCAUCGCUGUCCCAGGUGGGGCAGUUUGGCGAUGUCAGCCUGCCCCACAAGCCCAGCUCACCCUACAGACACCCUCUUCCCAGAGGCCCCGACCCCAUGUAUGUCUAUGACGAGUUUCUGCAGCAGCACCGAAGGCUGGUCAGUAAACUGGAUCUGGAGGAGCGCAGGCGGCGAGAAGCAAGAGAGAAAGGCUACUACUAUGACCUGGACGACUCAUACGACGAGAGCGAUGAAGAGGAAGUCCGGGCACAUCUCCGCUGUGUCGCUGAGCAACCGCCACUCAAACUGGACACUUCCUCGGAGAAACUAGAAUUCUUACAGCUGUUCGGCCUGACCACCCAGCAGCAGAAGGAGGAACUGCUGACUCAGAAGAGGCGGAAGAGGCGCCGGAUGCUGAGGGAGCGGAGCCCCUCGCCGCCAACGAUCCAGAGCAAGCGGCAGACCCCUUCACCGCGGCUCCCGCUCUCCACGCGCUACAGCCCUGAUGAGAUGAACAACAGCCCCAACUUUGAGGAAAAGAAGAAGUUCUUGACCUUUUUCAAUCUGACUCACAUCAGUGCCGAGAAGAGGAAAGACAAAGAGAAACUUGUUGCAAUGCUCCAUGCCAUGAAACAGAAGACCCUGUCAGCGGCAGUCACAAACCCGGCGAAAAGUUCUCUACGGGACAGCCCAACAGUGUUGCUGACCACCGAGCCGCCGGUGCAGCAGCCACCUGUGGAUUCAGAAAAACCCCUCAGUAUCGCCACCUCCCUCUCUGAUGCCCAGAAAGCAGCAGAGCCUGGAAGACCUGAACAGCCUCGACUCCACGAGCUGCAAAGGGCUAAGGAGGCAGCCCCUGCCAGUAUGGAGAAGGCCAGGGCGAAUGAACCCCACCCGGGGAAGAAGAGCCUGAGCAUGCUCAACUACGUCCGGGGCCCACCGCCCAAGGACAGCCCGGUCCCGCUUUCCCACAGCGUAAACGGCAAGAACAAGCCUUGGGAGCCGUUCCGAGCGGAGGAGUUCGCCCACCAGUUCCACGAAUCGGUUCUGCAGUCCACUCAGAAAGCCUUGCAGAAGCAUAAAGGAAACACAACAGUGCUUUCUGCUGAGCAGAACCACAAAGUCGAUGCCUCCAUCCGGUAUAACAUUCCCGAACUUCAGACGUCGAGUCACGCCCCUCUAUCCCAGCAAAAUGGACAGCAGGACUCCUCAUCUGCAAGAAAGGGGAUGGUCCCCCAGGAGCUCGACAGAGACUCAGAGGAGGAAGAGGAGGAAGAGGAGGAUGGAGAGGAGGAGGAGGAGGAGGAAGAACCCCCCAGACCCAAAUGGCAAGGGAUUGAGGCAAUUUUUGAAGCUUACCAGGAACAUAUAGAAGAACAAAACCUGGAGCGCCACGUGUUGCAGACCCAAUGCCGACGGCUGGAGGCCCAGCAUUAUAGCCUCAGUCUGACAGCAGAGCAGCUCUCUCACAGCAUGGCGGAGUUAAGGAACCAGAAACAGAAGAUUGUGUCAGAAAGGGAGCGACUUCAGGCAGAACUGGAUCACUUACGAAAGUGCCUUGCGUUGCCUGCAAUGCAGUGGUCUAGGGGUUACUUUAAGGGGUAUCCCAGGUGACGCUCCCUUGCACUAGGCUGAACAUAUAGUAUAGAAAUAAUAUCUAUUUUAUUACCUUGAAUAUUUAAUAUUUUUCACUGGGAGGUUUGAAGCUUAAAAAAAAACGAAGAAAUUGAGAAUGUGCCAUGCAUGAUUGAAGCAGAGGAUUCCGGGAUCCAGAAAAAAAAAUCUAUAUUGACUUCAAUGCAAUUGAAUCAACUUUGUAAUUCUGCAAGCAACCCAUAUAGGAAGCCUAUAGUUUUUUUUUUCUUUGAAAGGACAUUUUAUUCUUUUUUUUCCCAUGUUAAUUUUUUAAAAAAGAUCAUCUGAAGAUGAAGGUUUCACCACCAACACUAAAACCCACUUUCCAUCCCAGGAGUUCACGGCUGCCCCCAAUCGGAUAGAACCAGUUUUGCUUUUCUUUUGUUGCCAUAUUAGAACAACUAAAGAGUGAACUUUGAUUCCAUUGUACGAUGGAGUUAGCCUAAUUCUUCGCCAGGAAUAAGGUUUCUUCAGCCGAGAGGAAGCAGGGGGUUACAAUGUUGAAGGGACUGUUCAUCUCAGAUACCGAAAUCUCCAAUCAAUAUCUUCAGAGUGACAUGUCCUGGGAGCAAACAUAGCUCCAGUACUUGAGACUUUCCCUGAGGCUUUCCACUGGAAAUGCACUUAUCAAAAAUAAAAUGUAUAAACAAACUGAAGGUACCUUUUUAUUACUGUGUGGGGGAAAAUUGUACAGAACUAUUAGAUAUACAUCUAUAUGCGCAAACACACACACACACACACACACACACACAUGUGCACACACAAAUUGUGUUGCCCUAAUGGGUGAUGUUUUCAUACCAACUCAAAUUUUGAGAGAAAAAAAUUAGUCAAAAAAAGGUGCUUCAGCCUUGUACUGUGUAUAUAUUAAAAACAAAGUUUUGUAUGUUUUUAUUACUUUAAUUGUUAUAAAAGCCUGCCAUUUUUAAUGUUUUUUUGGGGGGGGCAAAAAGAUUAACUUGCUUUUAGUGUUUGUACUGCUGCUGGUCAGGACAUUAAAAUAGUAAAAUGUUUUAAAGAAUUAAAAAAAGGAAAAAGUCAAAAGAGCUUUCCACUGGCGCAUGUGCUAUCACUUCUGUUUUCAAUUUGUGUAGCACCAGAAAAUUCUAUUGUUAAAAGGCAAUGCAUUUACCUCCCUCCUUACCUCCCUCCUGAUUUGGGUUGGUUUUUUUUUUCCUUUCGUUUUUGUUUUUGUUCAAGCACUUGGAAAGUAAAUUGCUAAUAUGACCAGCUGCUAACGAGUGGGGAGGGGACUAGUUUGUGUUGGGAACAAGAUAAAAAUUAUGUGUGUGUGUGUGUGUGUGUGUUUUUUUUUUAAGAACUUUUCAGGAAGUAAAUGAACUGUUUGUUCUGUGAUCUAAAUCUAUGAUGUCUUACAGCAAUCUGAGCAGGUGCAAAGUAGAAAACUUUAGUGGCUUCAUUUAGAUGCAAGGUUUUUAAAAAGCUUUUAAAUAAUCUAAAGUAGGGAUAACACAAUGUCUGAGCUGAACUUCUCUUCCUUUUUAUCUGUGACAAGUGCAGAAGGGGACCAACUUGAGUGCUUAAGAGCAAUGGGGAGUGAAGGGGAAAUUGCCCCAUCUUUAGCCUACGGCUUUCCUACACUCUAUGCUUAUGGGCCUUGCGGCAGUUCUGUAGGGUGAGAAUAUGUGAUGGAGCUGAGGGCUGGGUCAGAGUUAGUUCGUCUCUCACCCAGAGGAGAGAGGAAUUUCUUGGAGAGUCAGUAGUCAACCUUGACCCAUCAGCUAGGGAGUAUUGUUUGUUUUUUAAAUGCAAUUCACCCAGAUGGGUAAAGGACACGCUUGGUGGCGGGACCCUCGUGGCUUGCCGAUACAGCCUUCUAGCAGAUGGCGUGAAUGUGGCUUUCUCUGUUCCGUCACAGUUUGCUUUGUGUGGUUGCCAGGAAUCUUCCAGUUAUUAGCAAACUCAGACCAAAAGUGCUGCCAGUAUUAUCAGCGGUCCACAAGCACCUUCCUUAUCAGGGAUGUUACUUGAAGGGAAACGAAAGGCUAUUCUGGGCCUCCUCAACCUUAAGACGUGUUGUGUGAAAGCUACUGUAUCUGUCCUGUUGGUGUGAAGGAGCAGGGCAAAGGAGCUGACCUGGUGUAGCUGAAGGCCAAGGAUUACAACUGCCCUUCCUUCUCUAAUCCGGAUCUGUUUUUGGGCGAGGCAAUUUACAUCCUCUCCUUCCCCUCCCAACCCUAACACCACAGGAAGUUUGCCAUUCUUUUUUGUAAGUCUGGUCCGAAUCAGAGGGGGCUUGUCCCAUUUGGUCUGGGUGAUGCCUCGGAUGAGUGAGGCAGAGAAGCUAAUAUCCACUAGGAACUCGGUUGUUGAGAAAAGCGGGGAGGCAGGUAGAUAAAGUUAGCAUUUAAAAGGUUUAGAUAGGAGUUAGCAGUUUACUAGAGUGAUUGUGGUGGUAAGCGACUGCCCAAGGGGAGCUAUAUUAGAGAAGGGUGCACCUUUCUCUAAUCUCAUCUUUUUAGGGCAAGAGGGCUUGAAUCUUGGCUUUCUGAACUCUAAUAGCCUGUAACCCUCAUAAUAUUCUUGUUUUCCUAUGUGAGUCUCUGAAUGCUCCUCUUUCUUAAGAGAUAAUGAGACAAUCAGAGAAUAUAAAAUCAAGCCUGCAAGAUAGUCACCAUUAAGUGAAGAAAAGGAACUGAAAAGCGUGAUGUAAAUGUGCAUCGCCAAGAUGGGUAAUACCCGAUUGGCUUUUCUUUCGGAUACUUAGUUCCAAGAAGAGACCUAACUUUCCAGCAAUCAGGAAACUCCUGAUUAUAUUUCAUCCAUCCUGGUCUGGAAAAUAGGGGAGUUAAUAUGCCAGUGGCUUGAUCUGUUUUCAAUUUAAUCCUACCAAAAAUGGACACAAAGAAAUAUGCAAGCUGGGAAGGUUAUCUUUUUUUUCUUUCUUUUUUUUGGGGGCGGGGAAGCAUUCAACUUACACUGCUUUUUGAUCUCAAUGUGAAAUUGAAAGUAAAACUUAAACAGAACGCAAAAUAGAAAAGCCAUAUUUGUUGUCAUGGUUGGCUCUUGAAUCGAUGUCUAACCACCCCAGCUUCCAUAUUUACGUGGAGAUACUUCAUUCUUCUGUGAUCGGGAAUGUCUUUACGACAUGUUUGCAGAAAUAGGGCUACAGUCCAUAUUCUGAGGGACAGUGAUGGUUGUGAUGUCUUGCUACUUAUAAAGCCAUUGACCAAAUGAUUAUCCCAAGUUUCUAUUUCAACUGAAAAUGAAAACUGGGGCAAACUUUCCCAAACAGCCGGCCCCAUUACCAAAUCCGAACUGCUGAUUUGUCCCGGUAAAUGGAAGGAUUUCUUAGGUGUCGUAAAUGAGAAAUAUUAGAAUGCCACUUUUAGCCAUGCCUGCCCAUCUGUAGCUGAAGUAGAAAAUCAAAUAUGGUGAAUCCCUCUCCCCUAGCUGCCAGAUGAUGAAAACUAAACUAUUUCAAACAGAACUAACCUUACUCUGUUCAAUGUCUUUAAUUUGUCAGGUGCUUAUUUGUUUCAGGAAGAUAUGUUGAACAUCUACCACUAUGUGGAGAAGGUCAGCACAAGCCCAUCCCAUUCCUUCUUUUCACUCAACCGAGUAAUAGCCACUUAGCAGCUAGUUCUGAAUUUUUAAGAAAACAGCUGUCGAUUUUAAUAUUUGUGGGAGUCUACACCAACUCUGAUUCAGGGCUUCAUUCUACGAGCCAUUCUAUUAACUGCAUUGAUCUGCAGACCCCACGGGCCGGUGGUAGUGAUUUUUUUAAGUGCACCCUGGGCAGAGUUGCAAGCAGUAAAUCCCUGCCGGGAGGGAGGAGGAGGAGGAGGAGGAGAAAGGGCACCUCAUUCAUUCUGGGGACAGUUUAGAUGCUGUGAAAAAAAAAAAUUAAACCUGUUCUAAGUGUACUUGUUUGAAUUAAUUGUAUUGUAAUAUAUUAUUUGUUGAAUGUAGUAAUUAGGUAUUUAUGAAUAUAUUGCUGUAAUUUCUGACAACAUCCAAAAAAAUAAAAUCUUCCUAAAUCGUG